AUGGCAAUUCUUGCUUACUUAACCGCGAAGAGUACCCCACCUUCACAUGAAAUAGCAAGAAGCAUUCAUGUAGAUAACAUUUUAUUGACAGCUGCAACUGAACAGGAAGAGAAGUAUGUCGAAUCAAAAGAACAUUUUCAAGAACAUUGCUGUGAACAUGUGCCAACUUCUCAGGUAGUAAAUGAAGGAAUGCAUGAGAAAGACAAAUCGCCUUCUGGUGAUUUCAAAUUCUUAGGUGUUAAAUAUAUCACAGAAACUGAUGGGCUUAACGUGAAAGUAAAUCAUCCAUCGAAAACAUUACUUACCAAGCGAGAUGUGGUUAGUAUAAUAAAUUCUGUCUACGAUGCUAUAGGUGUAACUGCGCGAUUGCUUAUCAAGUUGAAGUUGCUAAUACGAGAAAUCUAUGACACUAGAAUUAAAUGGAAUGACUAUGUCCAUCCAGUAAUGACUAAUAAAUGGAACUCCAUCUGUAAAGAGAUCAAUGGUGCGAGUAUCAGCAUUCAGAGGACAAUUCUUACGAAUGUGCGAAAUUUUCACAGCUCAGAUGCAGAAGUGCAAAACAUUCACAUCUCAAAAAGAGAGUUGUAUUUUGUGAUGCAAGCAAUCUUGCGAUAUCAAGUUGCGCCUUCUUGCGUCAUAAUGACACUAACGUGGUCACGCAAUUGA